GUAACUCGUUGGAAGUCAGUCUCUGGAACUCAUAGGAAACAAGUAGUAUACUUUUUGUACUUUAGUGGAGGUUGCCUCAAAGACAACUGGAGGUCUAAUUUGGUCUUUUUUAUAUAUUAUAUUUAUAUAUAUUUCUUUUAUUUUAUUUUGGAGGCUUUUAAUAAUCGUUUCAGUUGACUUUAUUUACCUUUUCCGAUCAUGACGUCAGUCGGCGAGCCUUUAGAAAUAAACAGCCCGGAGUUGGUUCACCUCCUCAGGGAGCGCACCUCCGCCGGCUGCGUGGUCCUGGACUGCAGACCCUUCCUGGACUUCUCCCUGGCGCACGUCAGCGAGUCCCGGAACGUUAACUGGAACUCGGUGCUGCGGCGCAGGUCCAAGGGCGCCGAGGUGGUUCUGGACUGGCUGAUCCCAGACAAGACGCUGCUGGGCCGGAUGCGGCGUGGUGGGGAGUUGAGCCGGUCGCAGCCGGUGGUCGUGGUGGUGGUGGAUGAGAGCAGCCGCUCCGUGGGAGAGCUCAAGGCGGAGAGCGUGGCCCAAAUGUUGCUCACGGCCCUGCGAAACGAAGUCCGCACGCAACUUUGCUUCCUGAAAGGUGGAUUUGAGGGAUUUUCAGAGGCCUACCCAGAGCUCUGCUUUAGCAAAACGCUCUCUGCAGUGGAAUCGGAGCCACCAGUCAGCUCAGGCCGGAAGACACCAGCAUACGAUCAGGACGGCCCUGUAGAACUGUUGCCUUUCCUAUUUUUGGGCAGCGCCGUCCACUCGUCCCGCCGGGAGACCCUCACGUCAGCCGGCAUCACAGCCGUGCUCAACGUGUCCUCAUGCCCCAACUUCUUCGAGGGGGAGCUCCAGUACCUGCGCCUCACCGUGGAGGACACCCUGGCCGCAGACAUCCGAGCCUGCUUCUCCACGGCCAUCGCCUUUAUCGAUGCUGUGAAGCUGGGCGGGGGCCGGGUGCUGGUGCACUGCCAGGCGGGGAUCUCUCGCUCGGCCACCAUCUGCUUGGCCUACCUCAUGCGCACCCGGCGGGUUCGGCUGGACGAGGCCUUCGAGUUCGUGAAGCAGCGGCGUCAGGUCAUCUCCCCCAACCUGGGUUUCAUGGGACAGCUGCUGCAGUUUGAAACAGACGUGAUGUGUCAGGGCUGACACAAUCAAAUCACGUGUACGAGGCCCAGGACUGGUGUCACAGGUGGGGUGAAUAGGGAGCUUUCUCCAGCAAAGCGAUGGCCUUCUUGGCCAGGAACUGUGGGAUGCUCAGGGUAUGGUGAAGGAGCCACUUGCAACGCUCACCUUUUCGCAUGCACUGAGCGAAACAAAUGCCGCAAAUAUCUCUGUCAACGUGCUUUCGUGAAAACCAGUCCCAGAACCUUUCAGACACACCUCAUAUAAUUUUGUACACUUUGGUAUUAGAGCAAGUAACAUGCGGUGAUGCUGGCAUCACUGCACACUAUUGUGAGACAACACUGUUUUGGCAAAGGCCCAUGUUAAUAACCAUUUUUAUUUAUUUCUACUGUAUAUGAUGGGACAGUUUGUUGAUAUGCAUGUCAGAAAAUGCACUUUAUACAUACAGAAAAAUUCCAGCUGAUCUUUUUUUUUG